UGCACUUCAGUGUUUUCUGCUAAUAUUUUGUCAGGUCAAGAUGGAACAUUGCAAUCUUUUUCAACAGUGCAUGAAAGAUUCAAUAAAAGUUUAGGACGUGGUUCAAUUAACAAAAAGAAAUCAAAAAAGAAGGGUCUUCAGCAUGAUACACUGGCACUUCCACCAAUUACAGCCUUUGCUUCAGAGGUGGCUCAUCAGAAUGACUGGGAUGGUAUUGUUGCCUGUCAUCAAGGGUAUAUAACCUGUACAACCUGGAACUAUCAGAGAACUUCUAUGGGAACUCAUAAACUGAGGCCAGAAGAAUUUAGCAAAAACAAGCCUAUUGAUAUCUAUGCAACAGCUGUUGAUAUUACCACAUGUGGGAACUUUGCUGUAAUUGGGAUGUCAACAGGACAAGUGGAUGUGUAUAACAUGCAGUCUGGCAUUCACAGAGGGCGCUAUGGCAGAGAAAGAGCUCAUGAGGGAUCUAUUAGAGGGGUAGCAGUGGAUGGAUUAAACCAGUUGACAAUCACAGCUGGAAGUGAUGGAUUAAUUAAAUUUUGGAAAUUCAAAGCUAAAGAUCUAGUUCACUCUACUGAUCUUUCUUCUUCUCCAAGUGGAAUUCUGCUUCACAGAGAUAGUGGCAUUCUGGGAAUUGCGUUUGAUGACUUCAGCAUUAGUGUUUUGGAUAUAGAAACCUGGAAGAUUGUCAGGAAGUUCUCAGGACACCACGGACGUAUUAAUGACAUGACUUUCAGUCCUGAUGGUCGUUGGCUAAUAACUUCAUCAAUGGACAGUACUAUUAAGACUUGGGACCUUCCCUCUGGAUGCCUCAUAGAUUGCUUUCUGCUAGACUCUCCAGCGGUGAGUCUUACUAUGUCUCCCACAGGAGAUUUUCUAGCUUCAGCCCAUGUGGAUGAUCUUGGAAUUUAUUUGUGGUCCAACCGUUCUUUAUAUUCACUUGUCUCUUUACGGCCCCUUCCAGCAGACUAUGAACCUUCUGUGGUAACACUCCCCGGCACCUGCCCUCUGCAAGAUGUGGAUGUUGCAGAAAGUGAAGACAAAUGUGAUGAGAUGAUAGAAUACGACUCACCAGAGCAACUGGGAGAACAGCUGAUAACUCUAUCCUUACUACCUGAAUCAAGAUGGAAAAAUCUCCUCAGUCUUGAUGUUAUCAAGGUAAUAUUAUUAGGUACACCGUUGUUUAUCUACUGUAGUAUCUGUUUCUGAAGAAGCAGGUAAAAUAAAGGCUGUUUGUUCUGUAACCAGUCUCUGAGGAGAACUAUUUAGUAACUUCUGCCAUCAUGGUUUGUGCAACAUGCAAAAUAACUGCCUGAAGCAAGGUAUUUCUUUUUUAGUGCAUCUUGUGAGUGUCCAUAAAUCUGUUCUGAGUGCCUCCAGGCCACUGGCAGUCAUUCCUAUAAACAGAAAAAGAGGGAAUAAAUAAAAAAAAUACUAGCAUACAGCUGGAUAGUUUGUCUUUGACCUAUGAGCUGCAUUUAUCUGUUCACAGGACUUGAUCUCACUUUUUAGGUAUUGUUCUGGAUUUUGCAGUAGAAGAUUACAAAAGACUUCUAAUCACAGUUUCUAGGAUUUGAGGAAGAGGUUGUUCUAAAUAAUCUAUAUUCAGUUCUUACUUAACAGUAAAGUAUUUUUCUGUAUAUUUCCUUUUCAGUUCUAAUAGUUUUUGUGAUAUUCUAAAAAUAAAUUUCUUGACG